UUCAUAAUUCAGAAAUAAAACAUAGAGAGAAAGAAGAAGAAGAAGAAGCAGCAGCAGAAGAAGCAGCUGCGGAAAAAAAGCAUUUUUUUUUAUUUUCCAUCGUUCUGGUGUUGAAGAAAGCAGAAUCAGAAGCUGGUAACUGAGUCAUGGGCGAUUCGAGCGACUCGGUCUCCAUUGACAUUGAUAUGAUACCUUUAGGAGGGAAGGAAUGUGUGGUGAAAACAAGCAAAGGGCCGGUCUCUGUGCUUGUUUGUGGGGAUCAAGGAAAGCCUGCUUUGAUAACAUAUCCUGAUGUUGCUCUCAAUUACAUGUCCUGUUUCCAAGGCCUCCUCUUUUGCUCGGAUGCUGCGUCAUUGCUGCUUCAUAACUUUUGCAUUUACCACAUCGAUGCACCUGGCCAUGAGUUGGGAGCUGAUGUGAUUUCUUCAGAUGCCCCCUUGCUUAGUGUGGAUGACCUUGCAGACCAGGUGGUCGAAGUGCUCGAUUUCUUUGGGUUGAAAGAAGUGCUGUGCUUGGGUGUAACAGCUGGUGCUUAUAUCCUUACACUCUUUGCAAUGAAGUAUCAAGAACGGGUGCUUGGGUUAAUUCUUGUGUCUCCUAUCUGCAAAGUACCUUCAUGGACUGAAUGGAUUUACAACAAGGUAUUGUUGAACUUGCUAUACUUUUAUGGCAUGUGUGAUAUAGUAAAGGAAUGCCUUCUGCAGCGUUACUUCAGUAAGGAGCUUAGGUCUGGCAUACACGGUGGAGAGUCAGAUGUUAUAGAAGCUUGCCAAAGGUUAUUGGAUGAAAGACAAAGUUCAAAUGUCUUGCGGUUCCUUCAAGCAACUAAUGAGAGGCACGACCUUACCCAGGGCUUGAAGAAUUUGCAGUGUAAGACUCUUAUUUUUGUGGGUGAAAGAAGUCCAUUCCAUGCUGAAUCCGUCUAUAUGAAUGCCAAAAUGAACCGAAGAAGUUGUGCUCUUGUUGAAGUUCAGGCAUGUGGCUCGCUGGUAACAGAAGAGCACCCAUACGCAAUGAUAACUCCGAUUGAACUCUUCCUCAGGGGUUUUGGGUACUACAGACAAUUACAUUUUACUUCCUCAUCAAGUAACGAUUCGAAUCCCACCAGCCCCUCAAAAAUCAAUUCAUGCAUAGCGCCCGAACUUCUAUCUCCUGAGAGUCUGGGAAUCAAGCUCAAACCGAUCAAAACACGGGUAGCCAUCGAAGUUUGAUGCGCGUGUGGAGUGCAGUUCCAUUGAAUGCAUGUAUAUGGCAGUAUAAUUUCCUUUGGAUAGUAGCAAAUUCUUUGAAUGUAGGUUUGUCUAUAUGGGAGAAAAAUUAGAUGGUUGGGGGUAUUAGGAGAAUUCUUUGAAUUGUAUGCGCCAUUCAUUUGUAUACAUUUUCAUCUUUUGAAUUGUAUUUUAAUUUUCCUCGACCCUU